AUGUAUAAUGUUAGCGAUUGUUUGUUGGGUUUGGCCCUCACUAAUGAUGGGCUUAUAAUGAUUCCCAAAUGCAAUUCAAUUGUCCGUAAAGAUUACCACGAGUAUCGUAAGAGUGGAAAUGUUAUGCUCAUUAGUGGAGCAAACUCACCAAUGUUCGCCGGCUUUGUGGGCACCGGUCUGUUAACGGGUGUCGUGUCGGGCGAGAUAUUCGCUUCGCCGCCCUCUAGAAUGGCGUAUAAACUCAUCGAAACGAUUGCCGACCAAGACUUGGAUAACGAGAUACUUAUAAUAGUAGCCAACUAUACGGGCGAUCGACUAAACUUUGGGUUAGCGUUAGAACACGCGUUGUUGAAGGAAUACAAAGUAGAUAUGUUUGUGUUCGGCGAUGACGUGGCCUUCUAUGGCAAACCAAAAAGCGCCGGCAGGAGAGGGUUGGCCGGCAUUGCGUUCGUUCAUAAAAUAGCCGGUGCACUCGCUGACGAGGGCUAUACAUCACACAAAAUCAAAUCAAACCUCGAGCAAUACGGCGCUCAAAUUGGCACAAUAUCCAUUAGCCUGAAUUAUGCGAAAAAACCUAGUACAGCUGCGCUACCUAGUAUAAAAUCUAAAUUGGCGGCCGACACGUUUGUGUUGGGUAUGGGAGUGCACGGCGAGGAUGGGGUGGAAAAGGUGAAAAUGUGUUCGGCGCACGAUAUGGUCGACAUUAUGCUCGAACAAUUAGUUGGCCGCAAAUCGUUGCUCAACGACUCAAUACAUCGGCACAACAAUCGGGUGGCGAUUAUAAUCAACAAUACGGGCGGUCUAUCGAUAUUUGAGCUCAACAUCAUUGCCAAAGAGACUGCGCAUCAAUUGCGCGACCGAAACAUACGCGUCGAGCGGCUAUACGUGGGCUCAUUCAUGACCUCGUUCUCAAUGGCGGGCGUUUCGCUGUCGGCGCUGGCGGUCGACGAUCGACUGCUUGAACUGUUGGACCGGCCAUCAGUGUCGAGCGCGUGGACACAAGCACUCAAUGCGCCCCAAAUUGUCAACCCAUGCGCGGAGUUAGCGGAUCGUGCGCUCAGCCAAUCGACUGAGACGACUGAUUACGACGCCAUCGACGGCCUCCCAUUUGGCAGACAACUGUUUGUAAGAGCCGUUCAACUGUCGUGCGAGCGUUUGAUUACGUCCGAGAACAUAAACCAUCUAAACGAUUUGGAUACAGAUGUUGGUGAUGGUGACUGUGGCUCUACUCUAAGCAACGCCGCCAAUCAUUUUCUCGCAAUAAUACAAACGCAACAAUUAAAGCCCUCGUUCUUCCAAAUGUCGCACAUGUGUGAGUACAAUAUGGGCGGCGCUUCCGGUGCCUUAUAUAGCCUGCUGUUUACAGCCGCGUCUCAGGCCAUUCGCUCAAACGUGCGCAAAAUAGACCAAUCAUACGAUUGUAUAAAUUUAUGGAAAGAUGUCCUAAAAUAUUGUCUGCAAACAAUCACUCAAUACAGUUCGGCUAAACCGGGCGAUCGAUCAAUGCUUGAUCCGUUGUACAGCGCGUAUCAAAUUCUGGGUAAAUGUGAUCAUACAUUAAAAUACCAUGAAAUCGCUAAAUUGGUCGCACAGGGUGCAAAGGACGGGGCUGAUAGCACGGCGUCAAUGGUUGCUAACGUCGGCAGAGCUUCGUAUUCCCCAUCGGUUCGUAAACCAGAUGCCGGAGCCGUAGGCGUCGCCAUUUGGAUGGAUGCUAUCGCUGAGGCAUUUCGUGAAUGUUAUGGUAAUAAACACUGAUUGCACGACAAUGCUGG